UUUCCCCCGAAGUGGGAAGCUGCAGGGCCCCACUCGCAGUCGACGGAGCUGGGCUCUUGCACGUGUCAAGUUUGCCUGCUCCAGCAGGAGCUCAGCUCCCCAAGUCCCAGCUCGCCAGGUUCCUUCCAGAAGCAGGCGAUAACGAGGCUGCGCUGCCAGGCAGACCCCUGAACACCUCCGCGACCAAGCACCCUCGUUAUCUCUGUCUGACAUCCCGCUUCCGCGAUCCAAGCCCCUCACGGUCACGCCGCUCGCAGUUAGGCACCAUCAAAGCAGCAGGCCGACCGUCGUAGCAGCAUCUGGUCUCCCAACCUGCGCACUUUCGAGCGCCCCUCGAGCCAAAGCUUCCGACAACCAGCUCCACGGCAGCCAGUCUCCGGCCUCCGGCUGUCCCGUCUCUGUCUCCCUCGCAUCCCCUGUCGCUAGAGGACGAGAUCCUAGAAUCUGUCGCUUCCAAUGUCGACAAGACAAACAAGACGCCAAGCGGCGAUGGCCGCGGCGACCGACGCAGGAGAAACAAGCAUCAUAGAUGACACGCCCACGGCGGAAAGCUCGCCUACCACCAAAGAAAACAGCAACGGUAUCGCGGCAACGUCUGAUAACGCAUCUGCGGUGCUCGCGCGAUCAGAGCCCCGAGAGAACAUCUUCCUGUUCUGGCCCAACAUCAUAGGCUACGUCCGCAUUGUCCUCGCAAUCGCUUCCUUGUACUACAUGCCGCUGCACCCACGCACUUGCUCCAUGCUGUACAGCGUCUCGUGCCUACUCGACGCCCUCGAUGGCUACGCCGCGCGAUACUAUAACCAGUCGACCAAAUUCGGUGCCGUGUUGGACAUGGUGACAGACCGUUGCACAACAUCCUGCUUGCUCGUCUUCUUAUCCUCUGCCUUCCCACGGUGGGCGAUCGUCUUCCAGUCACUCAUCUCGCUCGACUUUGCCAGUCACUACAUGCACAUGUACGCAACCCUGGCGAUGGGAGGCUCUGAAACUAGCCACAAGAACGUGGAUAAGUCAAGGAGCUGGCUUCUCAACCUCUACUACACAAACAAGACUGUCUUGUUUGUUUGUUGUGCUCUGAACGAGCUGUUCUUCAUCGCGCUGUAUCUCCUGUCCUUCUCGUCGCCUUUGCUUUCGCCGCAGCUGCUCAGCAGCGUCGGAGACGCCAAGGCCGCGGCCAUUCAGUCCGGGGCAGAAGUUAACAGCUCGACGCUCCGUCAACUAUUUGUCAACCCAUACAGUGCGGCAGCUCUCGAAAUGGCCCGCAUCAACAAGAUGGAUUCUCAGAUCCCGUGGAUCCUGGCUGGCAUCAGCUUCCCCGUCAUGGCUGUCAAGCAAUUCCUCAAUAUUGUCCAGCUCGUCAAAGCAAGCAAGUGGCUAGCCGAAGGAGAUAUCAAGGCGAGAAGGGCGGCGGCGCGGAAGACGGAGUAGACUUGUACAUGCUAUGAACAUGGCUAGCCCCCACGAAUCAUGGCGAGGCAAGGGAAAGCGGGAGAUGGUGCUACAGAUUGCAGAGAUCGAGCAGAGCUGAUGGCAAGUGUGGCUUGGCCUUGCACGAUCAUUCUAUCAGGAGCUCCUGUUUAGGGUUUUGUACAGGCUUGUUGCUCGCAACCAUGCGGCUGGCGAUCUCACACCAUGGCGAGCAUAGAAGGAGAAGUCUCGUGGGAUGGAUCAAAGAAUCGCAUGGGAAGGGUGCUAAUUUGUAGACAUUGUCGCAACGGCGUCUUGGCGUACAGGGUGUUUCAAUUGAUGAUUUACAGGCAUGCAUCUCCCUCAAGGUGAAACAUGGGGCAUCUCAGUCAACCGAGCAAUGGCAAUCCUGGUGAUGACCACGACUGACACGCCGCUGAGAUUG